AUGGUGGACCGCCACAAACCCGUCGAAUGCCUCUCGUCCCCCCUCCUCGAGACGCUCCCGGAGCAGUGCCAGCAACUCAAGAAGGGUUUCGGUGAAUGUCGCCGCGGCCUGGUCGAUAUGAGGAAACGGUUCCGGGGCAACGCGCCCAUCUCGAUGCAGGGCCUGGAAAGCGAGGGCAAGUCUGCACCGCAGCUGUACGGAGGCAAGCCGGCGUUCGAUGUCGUCGAGGGAAUGAGUAAGGAGUCGAGAGGCGAGGUUGAAGGCUUGGGAUUCGACCCGAGCAAGACGAGAGGGUUGUGA